AUGAACAGUAUGGACAGCGGAUUCAACUUCGACACCAAAUCCCAGCCCGAAGUCGGUUCCUACCGAAGCGAUGGCGUCGCAAGCACUACAAGUGCCACAAGUGCCAGGAGUCGCUUUUUCCGCGAGAACCUCAACCUGGCUGCCGGCAGCGGCAAGCGAUCCAACUCGACGAGUCCGUUCCGCUUAUCGAUGCCCUUCAUCACACCGGGCCAGCUUGCUUUCUCCGCCAUGCAAUACCUACCAGUACCGUUGUUGGUCUUGAACAACUUAAAGACAGUAGUGCUUGCCAACGAGGCGAUGGGCAGGAUGCUCGGUAUGGCGGACGCAUCGGAGGACACUCACUCUUACAUUGCAGAGCGGUUACGGGGGCAGUCACUUUCCCAGGUCGGAAUCGACAUGAUUCAAGAAGGACGUCCAGUUUGGGUUGGAUGGGAAGCUUUCUUGGAUUCUCUUGUGUUGGAGAUGGGUGCCCGGCAGACCUCCAAGGACGCAGCAGACAUGUUCGGUCAGGGUGGGGAAGCCACCCCGACCGCCGGUUCGCUGGCUCCGCCGGCACCGGAUCACGCGCCGAGCACACCAACGGUCAAGGAUGCAGUGGUGGAUGUUAUCAUCACCAGGAAGGAACUAGGAAAGCCUGGCUUUGACCCACGAAGCAAAGGUGGAGCGUCUGAUCAUCAAGUUUACGCCAAGAUGAUUGUAACAAUAUGGGAGAUUGAAGAGCACCAGGUUUACUUCACACUCACAUUUACGAGCUCUCAAUCGCCCCCAUCAACCCUCAUCCCGAGUCGCAAAUCUACAGCCAGGCCGAACAUACUGGAACAAGCAGACCGAAAAACCAUAUCAAAUUCAAACCCGCCAUCCGUGAGCUCCAGCCACGACUCGAGCUCGCCUUCAUUCCGUGUCAGCCCUAGUGCGGUGUCACUGUCGUCGAGCCCGUUUCCACCAAUGGGCCCACCCUCAACAGCAGCUCACGCGAGUACGCCGUCGAUUUUGCAGAAGAUGAUUCUCAUGAAGGAUGCUCUUCUUGAUAACACGACAAUGCCAAUCCUUGCGAUGUGGAAAGACGGCAGUGUAACAUUUCCAAAUAAGGCAGCACGCAACCUUUUGCGCCAAGAAAGCGAUUUGGAGAAGUCUGCCGACGGCUUCGACUUGCUGCCAAGCUGGACCGUGUACGACGCAGAUUUUACUAGGGAACUAGACGUCAGCGAAUACCCCAUCUCGGUACUUCUUCGGACUGAAAAGCCGUUCAGCAACAUGCGUGUCGGGAUGAUGGAGGAGAACACCGGGAAGAAAACAGUUUACGACGCGUUGGGAGAGGCCAUCAGGGAUGAUGCUACCGGAGAAUUUCUCGCCGGUGUAGUGACAUUCCGGGACGUCACGAAGAUGACUGAAGAAAUCACCGAGAUCAAAGAACGGGACGAGGAGCGGUUCAAGUUGAUCUGCGACACAAUGCCUCAAUUGGUUUGGACGACAAGGCCUGAUGGUUAUCACGAUUUCUUCAACACCCGGUGGUACACAUACACGGGCCUGACGCCGGAAGACUCAUUAGGUCUUGGUUGGAAACACCCCUUCCAUCCAGAUGAUAUGCCUGAAACCGUCAAAAGAUGGAAGCACUCGCUCGCCACAGGAGAUCCAUAUGUUACUGAGUACAGGUGUCGCAGCAAAACUGGGGAAUGGAGGUGGAUGUUGGGCCGUGCUCUUCCGUUGAAGAACAAGGAGACGGGUGCAAUUGAGAAGUGGUUUGGAACUUGCACUGACGUGAACGAGGGCAUCGAGGCAAAACUGACUGCCAGACGAACCCGGCAGCAGCUCUUGAGCGUUCUCGCCCAUUCACAAGUUACCAUCUUCACAGUUGACAUGAACCGCAAAUUGACAAUGUUGGAGGGGGCGCUCAUUUGGGACAGCGAGGAGGAAAGUAAUCAUGAAAACUCCGACUGGUUCAUUGGCCAAGAUAUGUACGAUGUCUUCAACCGUCUAAAUGCCCAGCUGAAGACCGGCGAACGCCCGAAGUUCCUCCGGCCCAUUGAGGAUAUACUAGCCGGCGGCAAGUCAGAAGAGGUGGCGGAACACGGAAUGGAUGGGCGCUGGUACCGAACGAGAUUCCUUCCGAUUCUGGGCAAGAAAUCAAAGGAAGGGAUCCUGACGAAUGAGACCUGCGUUGAGGGUGUCAUUGGGGUCAUUAUGGAUGUCAGUGAGCUGAAGGAGAAGGCGGAGGACCUGAAAGAACAAUCUCGAGAGAAGAAGCAAGCGAUGGCGAACGAAGCUGCUGCCAAGGAGGCCAACAGACUGAAGAGCCAGUUCCUUGCUAAUAUGUCUCACGAAAUCCGGACGCCCAUCACAGGUGUCAUUGGAAUGGCCGAACUGCUUGGGGAUAUGGAACUCGACUCUGAGCAGAUGGAGUACGUUGAAAACAUUCAGAGGUCUGCAAAUGCCCUCUUGACUGUCAUCAACGAUAUUCUCGACUUUUCCAAGGUUGAAUCUGGACGUCUAGACAUCGAAGAGGUCCAAUUUUCACUAUCGGUAAUUGUGACAGAUGUCAGCAAGAUGCUAAGCUUCGCUGCGGAGCGCAAGAAUCUCGACUUCAGGUCGGAUAUCUCGAGAGACAUCGAAAACGACCUGGUCGUUAUUGGCGAUCCAGGCCGUGUUCGUCAAAUCAUCACCAACCUCCUCACCAACAGCAUCAAGUUCACGAACCAAGGUUAUGUCAAAUUCUCAGUCCAGAAGGAGAAGGAGACUGCGGAUAACAUCAUCGUCAAGUUCAUCGUCGAAGACAGCGGUAUCGGUAUUGAAGAGGAGGUUCGGAAAAAGCUCUUCCAACCGUUCAGCCAAGGUGAUGCAUCCACGGCCAGGAAAUUCGGCGGAACUGGUCUGGGCCUCACCAUUUGCAAGAACUUGCUCGACCUCAUGCACGGAGACAUGACUCUAGAAUCGUCGCUCGGCAACGGAACCGUCGCAACGUUUUGGGUCCCCUUCAGCAAGCCUCAGGGGCGACAAGCCGGCAAGCCGAUCGUGGAGAUUGGUUCGCUUCCAGAUCGGUUGCAGUCUGAGAUGAGCGUUUCUUGCAACAGCUCAGAAUUUGAGCAACUGAUCAACACGCCUCCCGCUUCAGGAGAGUCGUCGCAAUUCUUGACUGACAAACACAAGUCCCCUUCCCGCCGACUAUCUGUUCGAACCCCACCAGCUUCCGACGAGGAAAUGUUGCCGGCCACUGAACGCGCCAAGAUUCAUGUACUGGUGGUCGAAGACAAUGCUAUCAAUCAGCAAAUCGCCACCAAGACGAUCAUGAAGCUUGGGUUCAAGGUAACUGCGGCGUGGAACGGCAAGGAUGCGCUCGAAUACAUGGCUGCGGCAAAGGAUGGCAAGCACCCGAAGCCAGAUAUUAUCCUCAUGGACGUGCAGAUGCCCGUCAUCGACGGCUACAAGUGCACACAUCUUCUUCGACACCACGUGCCAUACAAGGCUUACGUGCGAGACAUUCCCAUCGUCGCAAUGACAGCUUCGGCGAUCCAAGGUGACAAGGAAAAGUGCACGAAAGCAGGCAUGGAUGACUAUCUUUCCAAGCCUGUCAAGAGCAAGACGCUCGAAAGAAUGUUGGUGAGAUGGAGUUUGGCUAAACGACAGCAAGGGACGACGCAGAGGGGUUCAGAUGGUUCUCUGUCUGACUGCUCAGACACUGCUGAACAUUGCAGCAAUGCAGACAUCCCAGGCGUUGAACACGACCAUGGUGGCGGCUCCACAGACACCUUGAAUGCCAUCAAAAAGGAGUCAGAAAACAAGAACAGGGACCCUGAAAAGGAGGACAGGGGCGAUGUGGCCACACCAAGGCCUCUGACGAGGAAUAAUUCCUACGAACCGUCACCGUUUGACUCGCCAGGUGUGAACUCCAAGCCGAUCCGCCGAUCGGAGACAGACGAGCUCGCUCUGCAAGCUCAGGCCGGCAAGUUGAUGGAUGCUGCUGGUGGGAAGAAGCUUGAGCGACGCGGCGCGUCAUUCCAGACGGUCAUUGCGGGUGACACGGGUGACUCCCUCACGGAAGAGAACGUCGAAAAGCUGGAAAAGGAAGAAAAGAAGCGAAGAUCGUAG